AGACAACAUUCAGCCACCGCCAAUCCCAAUUGCGACAACGGGGAUCCGAGGGGACGGUAGGGUUCCCUAGCGUUGCUAGGCAUGCCCAGCCCCUCGCAGCCACCGCCAUCACCAAUAACAUUAGGUGCGGCUGCUUAGAGCUUCGGAGUUCCAGGUAUUUGCAGGGAGACGGUGAGGAGUGGCUUCAGCCGCACUGCGCCAGUCCGGUCCGGAACACUCACACGGGGCAGUCAGGCGGACCAUAGACGCCCAAUAUGAGCGCAGCGGUCCCCGGGAUCGCGGUCGGCUUGAAAGGCCAGUUGCAUUCCCGAUUUGGCACUGACCUCACGCAAGUUUGUUUGAGUAUAUGGGCGCAGAAGAGAACAUUAUCGUCCAGUCUUGGUUAGGACAAGGAGCAGACGCAGUCCACUCGCCGAGCUCAUAGUCAGCUGGCCGGCCCCUAAGACGGACUGACAUACUUCCCGUAUCCCGCGACACAGCGAGGAAGUCAUGCAGCAAUCGUUUAUGCAACCCCAAGACGACCGAGCCACAUACGAGUACACCACCAUCCAGGCCACAGAGGAUCGCCAUGAAGGGCCAGCGGAGGAUGCGUCGCGUGACCGAGCAUCGGCUGUGUGGCGGUCCCAGGGCACGCCAGACUACAAGCCCAAGCCACUUCAAUGGCCUUUCAUCAGUACCGUCAUGGUGCUGCUGCUCGUGGCCAUCGCUUUGGUCGUUGUCGCCGAGAAACAACUGCCAGAUUCAGACUCCAGUGCCAGGAUUCUAGGUCUGCACCCGAAUGCCUCACAGCCCGAGGGCCUCCGCUUUGCUCGGGCUGCUCGGGAUGCCUUCACCAACACGUCCUCUGAAGCCACGGUCGACGAGACGGCGGGCGAUCCCCCACCUUCGCCGACGACGCCUACGACGCUUGUUAUGGCCACAACCACCUCGCAGAUCCAGGGAAGCAGCACGACGUCAGAAGAAGCGAAGGUUCCGAACCAAAACCCUACGGCAGCGGAUUCUCGGAAAUCAACGACGCAGCUGGUUUCAGAAGCUACUGCAUCAACGUCUACGCAGCCAUCCAACCCGGCGCACCCAUUCACGUUAACGACUUCUUCGCUAGUUGCUGCUUCGCUAACGACGACCUCGUCUGUUUCUACUUUGUCGCCGUCAACGGUGUCAUUAGACCCGGGGAAGCCAUCCACGUCGACGGCGGGUCUGCCUUCUAGUCCAUUGUCCUCAACAUCGUCCCCCGUCAGGCCGUCAACAGUCACGACAUCCACUAGCGGCAGCGCCGACGUUCUGUUCAUUGAUGCCGCGCCCGGAUCCUCCACGACAACCUCCACGGUGUCUCGCAGCACUGAACAUGUAUCUGCUACCAACACAGCUAGCCUCCCAAGUGGCGCGCGGGUGGCCACCAGCGUGUCGGUCGGUAAAGUCACAGGCAGUGUCACUAGUAUGGUUACUACAGUGACCACCUACACAGUCUCAUCGGACGAGACGAUCUCAUUCACUACCAACACCACGUACGAGACCACCAAAACACUCACCGUCCCCAGAACCCGCAGCUCGCCAAUGCCGACAUCUCUCCCAAGCUAUGCAACAAGUUUCUCCGGGCCUGCCCAAACCCAGACUGAAGAGUACGACACUAUUACCGUGACGGAGAUCGUGACGACACCAACUGUCCUCCCAACUGUCCGGCCCACGUUCUCGACGGUCACCUCGACAAUUAUCACAGAUGUCGUCAUUCCCACCACCGGCGAAUUCACUGAAACCUUCUACGAAACUAUUUAUCCGCCCAAUAACUCGCCCAAUAAUCCGGAAAUGGUGACCGCUCAAAAUCCUGGUCCCGGAGUGGUGACGGGUACCGCUGUUGUCGAGGGGACGGUAGAGAUCGUGAAGACCAACGGCCCGGUUAUUCUCGUGGUCACGGUCGACGAACAAAAGACCCAAGUCGUCGAGCCGCAGGUCACAACCGGAGUGGUGCGGGUUGGGGGUUCCGAGGUGACUAAUGUGGUGGUGAUCACCCCUACGCCAGGGAACUCGGACGGGGUGGUCACCGUGGUUGGCGGUUCACCGGUGACUAUCGUCAACACGCUAGGCCCAGUGACUGCGACGACGGUGGUUGAUGGCGUACAGCGUACCAUUAUCGAAACGCCUCCUCCACAGACGGUGGUCCGAAUAGACGGUGGCGUCACCGCAACCAUUCUACCCGGGCAGCUGGUUACCAGCACCGUCGUCAACAACAUCGGCGGCACACCAGUCACCCGGGUUGUUGUCACCACUCCUGCUGGGCCGCCGUUCGAACCUAUCACUUACACGAUUGUGAGAGACGUGGGGGGCACAUUGGUUACCGAGGCUAUUACCACGACACCAACGGGCGCGCCUGACGAGCCCGUCACUUUCACUGCUGUCGAUAUCGUGGGAGGAACGCCGGUCACGCAACUGGUGGUCACAACAGCCAAUGGAGUCGGAUUUCAGCCGGUCUCUUACACCAUCACAACCAUCAUCGGCGGUACUCCAACAGUUGUCACGGUUACCCCUGGUCCGACGACUAUUGUCGAGACGAUUGAUGGAGCCGCAGUGACACGCGUCACCACUCCGCCUGUCACCAGCUUCACCGCCACUGUCGGAGGCACGCUGACGACGCAGAUAUUGGUGACCACGCCGGCAGACGCGGAACCCAUCACCCUCACCUUCGUCUCCACGUCAGGCGGCACCCUCAGCACCUUCACCAGCACCUUCCCGCCCUCUACCUUCGUCACCACCAUCUCCGGGACUCUGCGGACCAUAACCUCGACCCCCUCCCCGAGCACAUUCACUUCGACCUUGCCCAUAUCCACUCUGACCUGGACCUCAACCACAUCCCCAACCAACACGGCCAACGCCCGGCCUACCGCCACCGUCAUCCCAUCCACCCGCGUCCACCGCUGGACAGAAGCCGACAUCUUCAUCGGCACCUUCCUGCCAGCGCUGCUCGGCGUGGCGCUCAUCAUCCCGCUGCGUAUCAUCGACCUCAACGCAAAGCUGUACCAGCCCUACCAGGCGCUCGCCAAGCAGCAGCAGCAGCAGCAGCAACAACAGCAACUCAAACGAAGCCAACCCGGGGCCGACACCCUCCUGCUGCAGUACACAGGCCUGUGGGCCUUUGUCACGCCCGCCGUGACGCUCCUGCAGGGCCACCCGGUGCCCUUCCUCACGACGCUCAUGGUCGGCUGCGCGUCGUUCAUGGUGCCUCUCGCAACCGAGGCCGUCGGGCUGAAGCUGCACGGCGAGUGCUACCUCAACACGGCGAGUUCGCGGUGCGGGCCCGCGCUGGGCGUCAGCCCCGUUCCCGCGCACGCGCUGGUCGGGUUGAUGGCGGCUGUCGUGGUGUUGCUCGGGUUGGUGCUGUUCCUCGUGAGUCGGUGGGUGACGGGGGUGUGGGCGAAUCCGUGGAGUCUGGCGGGGAUCGCGUCGCUGGCGAGGAAUGAGCACGUGAGGAUACGGCAGGAGGGGGAGAUGGGAAUGCGGAGGGAAUUGGCGGAGAAGCAGUAUGGGCUGGGGUAUUUUCGGAAUGAAGGCGGGAGGGAGGAGUAUGGGAUUGUGUUGAUGGAUGAGGAAGCGAGGGGCUUGCAUCGGGAGGAGGACGGUCCCGCGGGCGAUACCGAGUCGGAUCUGCUGGUUGAGCCGGGGCUGACGGCCAAGUGGGGAGGCGGGAGUCGGCGGCUGCCGUUCAUGACGCUGCGGUAUCCCUGGCGGAUUGCCUUUGUCCUGUUCCAGCUGGCUGUUUUCGUCUUCGUGGUGUACUAUCACGCCUACUACCGCGGCGGCAUCCGCGACGACGGCCGGCUCUGGCUGUUUCUCAACUCCAACACGUUCGGCGUGCGGUUUGUCUCGGCCGUGGUUGGCGUCAUCAUCGCCUUUUGUUGGCAGGCCUUCUUCCUCAGCGUCAGCCAAAUGACCCCAUUUUACCUGCUCUCUCUGCGUACUCGGCCUCCUGACUCGUCCAUUCUCUUCACCCCCUCCACCAACCCGUUCUCAGGCAUCUACUCCUCCGUGCGGCACCGGCAGCCCUUCCUCUUUGCUGUCUCCUUCGCCGCCAUACUCUCCGAGUUCCUGCCUGUCAUCCUAUCCAAUGUGCCGUUCAACCUCGCCCAGACAGGCACGGCCGCGACCGUGUGCGCCGUCCUCAGCUGUCUGUUUUUAGGUGUUAUGCUCGCCGUGCUGGCCGCGUCCUUCUUUGUGCGCUACCCGCCUAUGCCGGUCGACCCGAGGUGUGUGGCGGGGUUGUUGUGGUAUGUCUCAAAGAGCAAGAUGCUGGAGGAUUUUGAGGGGGUGUCGAGGCUGGAAGGGAAGGAGAGGGCGUUGAGGGUCAAGGAGAUGGGGAGAAGGUACUUCUACGGAGUUCUCAUGGGUGGUGGAGACGGCAGAAGAUUGGGGGUUGAUUGUGAUGUUGGAGGGGGAGGCGAGGAUGGCAUGGGAUACCUGGGUGCUCAGGGAAUUCUCAGGGGGCGUGGGGACGACUAG